AUGUAAAAACUGUCUUUGUAAUGUUUUAUCAAUAUAAAAACUUAAACUUCCAACAUUCAGAUGACUUUCUUUCCUUUUUUUCCUGUAUGGGCUAAUGAAUAUUGCAAAGCCAAUAGCCAAAUGGCUGUUUAAACAUUGUUUCAGCAAACUCACAUCCAGUCUCGAUAAAAUCAAGUCCCAUCUGGCUUUUUUAUCUCAUUUUUUGUCUCAUAAACAAUAUCCUGUUUCAAUCUGAUAUAUGUUCUGGAAGUUUAAUAGGUUGCAAAUGGGGAUUCACUUUGUUACUUUUCUUCAUCACUAGUCAUUAUUUUCUUGCUUAAAAUAUCUGAUAUUUUAAAUAAUUCUCACACCUGUGCAUGUGUGUUAUUGUCUGUUUCUAUGUGUGUGUGAAGCUAAAGGAAAACAAAGGUUUACAUUAUAUGCUGCUGACGACAUCAGGUCUCCAUGACAGCUUAUGGUAAGUAUCAUAUAACAUGGGUCAGCUCUCUCUCUCACUUCCUCUAUCUCCCUCUCACAGUGAAACUUGGUACAGUAUCUCUGUUUAUUGUGAUCUCAGGUGCCAAAGACCUAGAAAUUGAUGGUAAGGUGUGUGUUUGUGAAACAGGAGGAGGAAAAGAGAAUAAAAAUAAGGAGAUAGAGGGAAAAUGUAAAUGUGUUUGAGAGCUUGAUGAAAUCAUGUUUGCUGACUGUUGCCCUCUAGAGUGUCUCAUCGGUGCCAUAAUGACGCCACUCAGUCGAAAGUGUGUAGUGCAGCUCACGCUGAGCUGUGUUUCUCUAAUGUUUGCAGAUCUCAUCUGUCAGACAGACUCAUUUUCAUGGGUAAACUGUUUUAAAUAUAGAGUUAAAGGGAUAGCUCACACAAAAAUGAAAAUUUUGUCAUAAUUUAUUUACUUGAUUAUUGUUCCAAACCCAUAUAACUUUCUCCCUUUUUCUUUCUGGAACAAAGAUUGUAAAAAAAUUUUUACUGGUUUGUCUUUUUCCUGCAAUUACAAUAAGGUGACUGGACUUUAAAGCUUUAAAAAAAAAAAAAAAAAAGGAUGAAAAAGCAACAUCAUAGAAGUCAUUAAUGCACUUUAUUUCAUGUCAUCUGAAGUCAUACAAUGGCUUUUUGUGACCAACCACAAUUUGAAUAUUUAUUCACUGACUACUUCCCACCAGUGAGCUUGUUAACCACUGCGACCGGAUCAUUGAAUCUCAGAACUGUAACAGUCCAAUUUGGGGACAAAUCAUUUAGGUUUUGUGAACUGGGUCAACUGAAUCAUUGAAAAUAUAUGAUUCAAGAAUGAUUCGUUCAUGAAUCAGACAUUGCUAAUUUCUUACGACCUCUGAUGAAAGAUGUUCUAUGAAUAAUGACUUAGGUUUCAGUCAGUUCCUCACACAAACCUAUCAUAUGGCUUCAGAAGGCUUGAAAAACUAGAAUAUUCUUUUAAAAAUGUCAUUGUCAGUUUGUGUUCCACAGAAGAAAGAAAAUUCAUAUGGGUUUGGAAUGACAUGAGUUCAUUUUUGGGUAAAAUAUCCAUUUAAUAAUUUACCUCAUUACACUCCAAAGGUGAACUAAAGUUGCGCUGCAGUUCACAGGUACUCAUCCAGAACUAAUUAAAACAUUCCAACCUAACAAAACACACAUCUGAUAGUGUACAUCCCUGUAUUCACAAGAGAAAGAGAGACUUUUACCUCUGACCAGUCUCCACCCAUAAUAGCCUGCUAUCCAGGAGGGAGUGGCUGACCGAGGGAGGGGAAAGAGAGAGAGAGAGCGGGAGAGAGACAGAGAAAGCUGGAGAGCUCUGCGGUAGCAGUCAGCGCAAGAACCAAAGCAGAGAAAGACUGAAAGAGAGAGAGAGGGGGGGAAAAGAAGGUAGAUAGAGAAAGAAACACUGGAAUCAACAACUAAGAAAUAAAAUAAAGGAGAAAAAAGAGAGAAAGAAGUCUGGAAAAUAACUUCAGACCAGGACAGAAGAGACUGAGAGAGAGAGAAGGGAAAAAGACAGACCCAUGAAUUAAAAGAAGUCUUGACUUCACAUUGGAGACACAUGUUCAUGCGUGGACUGUUGCUGCUGCUGUGAUCUGUCAUUCCUCCUCACAGUUGUGUGUGUGUGUGUGUGUUCUUGAGAGGCUGAGGAGAGUGUGUGUGUGAGCCUUUCGUUCCUCUGGAGUCUACGGGACCAUGGCACCUGUCAGGAACGGAUGAACUUGAGGCUUAAAAGACUGGAAGUUGUGGAAGAAAGAGAUAAAAGCUGAAAAGAAAAACGCUGAAAGAGUAAAAGCUUUCGGUGUAGAGAGGAAACUCCACAUCCACAGCAUCACUGUCACAACAAGCAGGACGACUGAGAGCCGCUACGACAACAGCUGCCACGACAACCAGCAUCCCAGUCAACCAUCUGUGUGGCAGCUGUCUGCUGUUUAAAACUGAUAAGAAGUUCUGGUCCUUCUCAAAAGAUGAUGACUAUGAUGUUGAUGAUGUGCAGCUCUCUGGUCCUGCUUGGGCUGAUCGGCGUCGGUGCUUCAUCUAGCGGAAGUUCAUCUUCCUCACCCCGGAUGAAGCUGUCUUAUAAAGAUCUUCAGCAGUUUAACGGCGUUAAGCGGUUUGACUUAGAGCGUUCGUGUUGUUUCGGAGCUCUCCUAUUGGACGAGGAGAGGGGGCGGCUGUUUGUUGGAGCUCGUAACUUUCUUUUAUCUCUCAGCCUCGACAACAUCAGCAAGCAGGAACAGAAGAUCUACUGGCCAGCACCUGUUGAUUGGAGAGAAGAGUGCAACUGGGCCGGGAAAGACAUCAAUACGGACUGUGUAAACUAUGUAAAAGUGCUUCACCACUAUAAUCGGACUCACCUGUACGCCUGUGGGACUGGGGCUUUCCACCCUACCUGUGCUUAUGUGGAGGUGGGACAGAAGCUAGAGGAUCAUGUGUUUAGAAUCGAUCCCUCUCUGGUAGAAGAUGGAAAAGGAAGGAGUCCGUAUGACCCACGCCACACGUCAGCAUCUGUUCUGAUUGGUGAUGAGCUUUAUGCAGGCGUUGCCACUGAUUUGAUGGGGCGGGACUUUACAAUCUUUCGCAGCAUGGGACAAAGACCCUCCAUACGAACGGAACAGCACGAUUCUCGUUGGCUCAAUGAGCCCAAGUUUAUAGCGGCAUUUGGUGUUCCCGAGAGCGAGAAUCCUGAUGAUGAUAAAGUCUUCUUCUUCUUCAGAGAAACUGCUGUAGAAGCUCAGGGAUUCGGGAAGGUUACAUAUUCCCGGAUUGGCCAGCUUUGCAGGAAUGAUAUGGGAGGACAGCGCAGUCUAGUAAAUAAGUGGACAACAUUUCUGAAGGCUCGUCUUGUGUGUUCUGUACCAGGCAAUGAUGGCACUGAAACGCAUUUUGAUGAACUUAGGGAUGUGUUUCUGCUGCAGACCCGUGAUAGAAAGAACCCUCUGAUCUACACUGUCUUUACAACCUCCAGUAGUGUAUUUCAAGGAUCUGCAGUGUGUCUCUAUACCAUGAAUGACAUUCGGCGGGCAUUUUUAGGGCCUUUUGCCCAUAAAGAAGGGCCCAAUUAUCAGUGGGUUCCAUUCCAGGGUAAAGUGCCAUACCCACGGCCAGGCAUGUGUCCCAGUAAGACCUUCGGCAGUUUUGAGUCAACUAAAGGUUUUCCUGAUAACGUAAUCCAGUUUGCAAGGCAUCAUCCAUUAAUGUUUAAUCCAGUCACUCCACUGGGGGGUCGGCCACUGUUCCUGCGUACCGGAAUACCAUACACCUUCACUCAGAUUACCGUAGACCGCGUCAAUGCAGCUGAUGGACACUACGAUGUAAUGUUCAUUGGCACAGAUGUGGGCUCUGUGCUGAAGGUGAUCUCUGUGCCCAAGGGAAGCUGGAGUAACACAGAGCUUCUGCUGGAGGAGCUUCAGGUCUUUAAGGAUUCUUCAUCUAUUAUCAGUAUGCAGAUUUCCUCUAAACGGCAACAGCUGUACAUUGGCUCAGAUACAGGUGUUGUCCAGGUGCCUCUGCACCGCUGCAGUAUGUACGGUAAAGCCUGUGCCGAGUGCUGCCUGGCUCGAGAUCCAUACUGCGCCUGGGACGGACACACCUGCACACGCUAUCUGCCAAACACAAAACGAAGGUUCCGGCGUCAGGAUGUGAGGAAUGGGGAUCCUAAUGCUCUCUGCUCAGGAGACCAUCAGAAGCAGCGUGUCCUGGAGAAGAGGCUGUACGCUGUGGAUGGAAGCAGCUCCUUCCUGGAAUGUAUCCCAAAAUCACUACAGGCCCAGAUUACAUGGACCUAUCAGAGGCAUCCGGAAAACCCACGGGAGGAGGUCCGUCUAGAUGACCGUGUUUUGCAGACCGAGCGAGGCCUGUUGCUGAGACGAGCUGUGCGUAGAGAUGGCGGCGUGUAUCAGUGUCACGCAAUGGAACACGGAUUCAUCCAGACCCUCCUUGCCAUCACGCUGGAGAUUUUACCUUUGGCUGGCCCCGCCCCCUCUGCUCUUAACCCUCGCAGCCCCGCCCACUCCCACACCAAUCACGGGCAGUCCACCAAUCAAAAGCUGUGGUACAGGGACUUCAUGCAGUUGGUGGAUCACCCAAACCUAAACACAGUUGACCAGAUCUGUGAGCAAGUUUGGUCACGCAAGCACAGCCUAUCAGGGAAGGCCGCGCCAGGUCCAGCUAAUGAUGCACCGGAUCACGACCCGCUGCACUCUAAAAAGUGGAAGCACCUGAAGGAAGUGAGGAAAGGGCGAAAUCGCAGAACACAUGACGGGAGACCCGCACCCAGAGCGCCACGGAGCGCAGGAGAGUAGCGAGGGAGAGGCGGAGUGAAAGAGAGACUGAGAGACAGAAAGGAAGAGCAAAAACCACUGGAGGUGGACAGAUUCUCAUACAGCAUCUCAUUCAUCUGACUGUUUAUCACCUGUUCUGCUUUUUAUUACCUUUGUGACGACACUCCACAGCCUGUUAUCAGUCUCUAUAUGCUCUAUUGCCCUCAUCUCCAGUCUGAAGACUCAAUCUAGUGCCCCCACGACCCCAAUCCCGCUCCCGCCAGCAUCUAUUACUCCAAACCUUCCAACUCCUGAUGGUUAUCCAGAAACCCACUCUCCAUCCAGUUCAUCUAACACAAACUCAAGGUCCUGAAGUCCAAAAAAUCCCUUCGAGUUGUAACCGGAAAAGCUUUGAUUGGAAAUCGAAGAGACAUAAAGACAUGCAUGUGCUGCGUAAAUCAGUAAACACAGGCUCUUGUGGACACACAUUGAGUAAAUCCAUAUAUACUCUUCUGUGUUUUCAUCUGGGUGUUUGUGCUACAUGUUCUGUAGAUUAGAUUAUCCUCUCACUUUGGCCCUGAAACAGAGACCACACAGAGACCCUGACUCACCAGCACCAUCACUCUUCUUCUUCUUUCACUGCUUGAAGACUAAAAACACAUCAUUUCAAGCAAAUAAAAGACAAAAAAGGAGAAAAACUGUACAUUUGUGAUCUGGUAAGGCUGUCGGCUGUCGGCGGUCGACGAGAUUUACAUUUCUGGCGCGUCUACAAAGUAACAAAGGUGAAUCAUUAUUUUGAGUUACUAAGUUAUGUGUCAGGUGUUCUGAUUAUGUGUUGUGUGAGACUGAGAUGGACACAGCAUUAAUGUACAGGGGCAUUAUGAGGAAUGUGGUCUGGGACCAGGUAAGGAAAUCUACAGAGAAACAUUUUUAGAUACUUUUAGGUCUAACCUCACAUCUAACCUGUUGAAACCGAAUAAGGCAGAAUAGUUAUGUAUAUUUGAAUGCGUCUGUGUAAGAUUUUGAGAGUGAGAUUUUCCUGCUUUUUAUACAGCUCUACCAUAUAUUCACAGUUUAAAAUGAGCAUUCUGUGAGCAUCAUAUACUGAAACCACAAAGCUAAUGUAUUAUGUAUGCUAGUACAUAAUGGGUUAAAUGAGAGAACACAGAUCCAAGGCCAUCUCUCAAGACAAGAAACAAGAAAAAGUGCCCAAGAAAAAUGUCCUUAAGCUCUGACUCUGACAAUUCAUGUGAAUAUUUAAUAACACAUUUAAGAGUUUAGCCGAUGGUCCAUUUAUUUUUUAUUGACUCUUUCUGUCUUUUGGAAAAAGGAGUGUUGAAUUAGUCAGUAAAUGCAUGUUUACAGACGUUUGAUGCCAAAUUUCUUUUUGAAUUGUAAACAGCGAUGUGGGAGCGAAUCAUACAAAUUCCAAAAGUCAAAUUUACCAUGGUAACACAGCGUCCUGAAAAAAAAAAAAAUACCAUAGCUAGGCUACUAUAGUAACUACUUUAAAAAUGUGGUAACUUGAUAUCCACCACCACAAAAAGGAAGAAAUUGAAAGCAUACAAAGACUAAGUUCUGACAGUAUUUUGGACACUAAGUUUAGCAAGGUAAACGGGUGGUGCUCGCGCAGGAGAGCUCGAUCGCCUCGCGCUGUGUUGUUAUGGCGCCCUCUUCUGGUGUUUGUGGUUUCUGCUGUGUCGGAUGAGAGAAACCUGACACUAAAAUAAUCAAUUCCGUAUCCGAUUCAUUUGUAAACGGAUGUAAGGAUGUUUUGAGUAGAACUGGUGGAUUAUCAUGUGGUAGUAUUUAUAUCAGUUGUCUAAAAGUUGUACUUAAUGGUUAUUUUUGCAUGACUUUAAACGUCUUGAGCGUUUUUUAAUGGAACAGCCAUGUUUUAAAACUGCGAGAUUAUCUGGUGUUUUCAUCGUAUAUUUAUGGGUCGAUAAGCUAAUGUGUUGUGGUGGUUUGUGAUAAAACUGACCUACAUGUGUAAUGUCCAUUGUUAGAGGAGAGUAUGAGAACAUCCUUGUGUGUAUAUUUUGAAAUUCUUUCCCUUCUUUUGAAUACAUAUUUAAAGACCUAACCUGACACACUCCAUUUGAAAAUCACAUUUUGAGUCGUUCAAAACAUUGCUCAGCAUUUCUAACUAAUCCGGUGUUCUCUUUCUAUUUGCGACGCUUCUCAGCUUUUGAGAGAGAGAGAGUGUGUGUGUGUGUGUGUGUGUGUGUGUGUGUGUGUGUGUGAGAGAGAGAGAGAGACAGAGCGAGAGUGAGAGAGUGUGUGUGUGUUUGUGUGUUGUGCCAUUAAAUAUUAGAAUUUCUGUACAUGGGGGGAAGUGUGAGUUUAAUUUUGUGGACAAGUCAAAGGCCAAAGUUGACGUGAACACUGUAUUACUCUCUGGGUAUUUUCUCUGUGGAUUGUUGCAUCAGACUGUAAAUGAUUAACACAAUAAAACAUACAGUUAAGUCAAAAUAA